AGGUUUGCCUUGGUUAGCAGUGUUAAGUCAACAAAAAGCUCCGACUGCGUUCUGUCUAUGGCCUCCGUUAUUCAACAACCCCCAACAUGAAAAAGUUUUUCACAGGGAUGAAAAGAAACGCGGAGAGAGACAAAGAUAAUGAGACAACAGAAAGUCAACCGGAAGCUAAGAAGAGGAAAUACGAGGAAGCGUAUUUAGCGCUUGGCUUCACUGUGACUACAGUUGGAGAAGAGGAAAGACCGGUAGAGGGGGAGCCACCAGACGGCAACAUGUCGAGUAAAAGGGCCAAGGGGAAGAACACCAAGAAGCGUCCCCAGCGGGCCACCUCCAAUGUGUUUGCCAUGUUCGAUCAGUCUCAGAUCCAGGAGUUCAAAGAGGCUUUUAACAUGAUCGACCAAAACAGAGACGGAUUUAUUGACAAAGAAGAUCUCCAUGAUAUGCUCGCCUCAUUAGGUAAAAAUCCUACUGACGAGUACCUGGAGGCCAUGAUGAAUGAAGCCCCCGGCCCAAUUAACUUCACCAUGUUUCUGACCAUGUUUGGAGAGAAGCUGAACGGUACUGAUCCGGAGGACGUGAUCCGCAAUGCGUUUGCCUGCUUCGAUGAAGAGGGCACAGGUGUGAUUCAGGAGGAGCACCUGCGGGAGCUGCUCACCACCAUGGGCGACAGGUUCACCGACGAAGAAGUGGACGAGCUGUUCCGCGAGGCGCCGAUUGACAAGAAGGGCAACUUCAACUAUGUAGCUUUCACACGUAUUUUAAAACAUGGCGCCAAGGACAAGGACGAUUAGUGAUGGGGGAUGUGCCUGUUGAGGUUCAUUCUGUACUCUUAUUUCCAUCUUGAAACGGGUUAAUAUUUUAUUUAGAUCAGCUAUAUCCUUAGUUUGGCUCACAAAAAAGCUCUGUGGUAUAGUCUGUUGAAGGUCAUUUGUUUAAGCUGCUUCCUGGACCUUUGGGUCCCUUUCUAAUCUUUAUUUCAGAGCUCAUUUUGCACAUCUUUGACAACAUUUCAGAGUCCAAUUAUGUGGGAAAAGACCCUCGUGGAGAAAGCUGGAAAUAAACUGACACGAGGUGUUUACUUAAGAGAAAAGAACUUGCGUUUUUGUAGGAAUGUUUUGACAUUAAAUUGUAUUCUGAGACCAGU